GAUGGACGGUAACCUCCCCCGAGGCGCUCGCUAAACCCAAGCUAUAGUACUUCCCUGCUUUAGCUGUUACCAGAAGCUAGUAUACACAAACGUAACUUGCAUCUACCUCUCUCAUAAAGCCACACUGAUGCUGUAUGUGGGCGUGGUGGUGGGCGUGGUGAUGGUGUUAGGAGGAACUAUCGCCCUGGAUGAGAAGCUUUACCAGAGAUAUAAGAACAAUGCUGCCACUGGUUCUAUCGCGGUGGUGAAGGAAUUCUCUUCUCGCCUGCACUGCGGACUGGCCUCUAUGCAGCUCUCCGGUGAGGGGUACAAUCUGAAGACCACAGCUGAGGACAAGUAUGAGUGUACAAUCUUCAGUGUGGUGGACGGUGUACUCAGUGACACCGACAACAACUUCUACUGUGGUGUGUGUAAGGAAGUGGGUGAGUCCUGUACAGAAGACUGGGAGUGUUUCGUCCUUACGGAGGGCGCGACCUGUGUCCUGGGCACCUGCGACUGUGACCUCGGCUAUGACCCCACUGAUGGAGUCUGUGAAGUAGUGCCAGCGGCCUUAGGGGAGGACUGCGAGGCGGAUGUGCAGUGUCUGGCCACGUCAAAUGAAACCAAAUGUGACCCGACCAAGAAGUGUACUUGUGCUCAGUACUACAAGCCCAACGCUACAGGCAACGGUUGUACGCUUGAUUAUGCUGCCUAUGGAUUCGUCGCCUACAAUGGACGAUGGGUCUAUCACCUCCCUGGGCUUCGUCCAAUCUCCUGGGAGAAGGCGUUCACGUUGUGUGAUGACCUCUUCUCUACCAUGUUUAAACCCAGAGAUGCCAGUGAGUGGGGCUGGAUGGAGCAGAAGACGGGGUCUGUCUUGAACACAUUGGCCAUGUUCCCCAUCAAUGACCGGGACCAAGAAGGAGUGCUGAUGUGGAAUAAUGGAACGGUGGGAGGUGAGAACUAUCUCAAGUGGUCUUCUGGCAGCCCCAAGGCAUCGAAUACUCCUAUUGCGAACUGUGUAGGAAUGGUGCCGAGUAUUCUGUUUGUUUCUCCUGAGUAUCUGAAGUUUAUUGAGUGUUCCAAGGACAAUCUCUUAACGUCUGUGUUCUGUGAGGCUGAUGUCUGA